AUGGCAGACUCAGUCCCCUCCCUCUUCUCCCUCCAGGGUAAGACCGCCCUCAUUACCGGCGGAACCCGCGGCAUUGGCGCCGCAAUGGCAAUUGCCCUUGCUGAAGCCGGCGCGGAUAUUAUCCUCGUCCAGCGAGAUGCCUCAAACACCAGCACCCACGACCACAUAACCAACACCCUAAAGCGCAAAGCCACAAUCCACACAGCCGAACUCUCCGACCGCUCCUCCGUGAAAGCCAUCAUCCCCACACUCGUCUCACAGGGCCACAACCCAACCAUCCUGCUAAACUGCGCGGGCAUCCAGCGCCGACACCCAUCGGAGAAAUUCCCAGACGAGGACUGGGACGAUGUCCUGAAUGUGAACCUCACCAGUGUAUUCACGCUGUGUCGCGAGUUCGGCGCGUAUAUCCUCUCUCAGCCGGAGAGUGCUUUUGUGAAUGGCCGCAAGAAGGGGUCGAUUAUCAAUGUUGCCUCGCUGCUCUCGUAUCAGGGCGGGAUUACGGUUCCUGCGUAUGCGGCGAGUAAGGGCGGUGUUGCGCAGUUGACGAAGGCGUUGAGUAAUGAGUGGGUCGGGAAGGGGAUUAAUGUGAAUGCGAUUGCGCCGGGGUAUAUUGAUACGGAUAUGAAUGUUGCGUUGAUCAAUGAUAAUAACCGCAAUGUGGGCAUCAUGGCGCGCAUUCCGGCGGGCAGGUGGGGGAAGCCCGAGGACUUUAAGGGGCCGGUGGUGUUUUUGGCCAGCGAGGCGAGUUCGUAUGUUAGUGGGGAGUUGGUUACGGUUGAUGGGGGGUGGAUGGGAAGGUAA